AUGGUAAACCUUUUCUACUAUUCAUACUUAGGAUUCACAAUAACUAUCCUGGAAAAUAUCAAGAAUCUUAAACAAGAACUAUUCAUCUUAUAAGCCAUUAGAACCAAAAGCAUAAGUAAUUUAUUCUCUCUACUCUUCUAAUAAGGUGUUAAUUUAAAAUAAUUUGGAGCAUUUACAAUAGAAGUUAUAUCAGAUUAUGUUAAACCAUUAUAACAUUCAUGUUUUAAAAUAAUAGAAGAUCUAGAAAUCCAAAGGGUUGAUCGUAAACAUGUCCACUCAAUCAGACGAUGUUUCAUUCCAGAUAAUUAGUUCAAAUACUUCUUAUAGAGAUAUCCUGAAAGGAAGAGGUAUUUAAACUUUCGAGUCGACAUUCAAUUUAUUAAAAAGGAUUUGGAAUGA